GUCAAUCAGAUCAUGGAAACAAAUCUUUGGCUGAGACAUAUAUGGAAUGACUACAAGCUGAAGUGGUCACCUGCAGAGUUUGAUGGAAUUGAGUUCAUCAGAGUCCCAUCAAAUAAAAUCUGGAGGCCUGACAUUGUACUUUACAACAAUGCUGUUGGGGACUUCUUGGUGGAGGACAAAACCAAAGCUCUUUUGAAAUAUGAUGGAACUAUCACGUGGGUCCCUCCUGCAAUCUUCAAAUCAUCCUGCCCUAUGGACAUCACAUACUUCCCUUUUGACUAUCAGAAUUGCUCUAUGAAGUUUGGUUCCUGGACCUAUGACAAGGCCAAGAUUGACUUGGUACUUAUUGGCUCAAAGGUAAACCUUAAAGACUUCUGGGAGAGUGGAGAGUGGGAGAUCAUUGAUGCACCUGGUUAUAAACAUGACAUCAAGUACAACUGCUGUGAAGAGAUCUACCCAGACAUAACUUACAGUUUUUACAUACGGCGACUGCCCCUCUUCUACACUAUCAACCUUAUUAUCCCAUGCCUCCUCAUCUCCUUUCUGACAGUACUCGUCUUCUACCUUCCAUCAGACUGUGGUGAGAAAGUGACAUUGUGCAUCUCUGUACUCCUUUCUCUUACUGUGUUCCUUCUUGUCAUCACGGAAACCAUCCCGUCCACUUCACUCGUGAUCCCUCUGAUAGGCGAGUACCUUCUCUUCACAAUGAUUUUCGUCACCCUCUCUAUUGUCAUCACCGUCUUUGUACUGAAUGUGCACUAUCGCACCCCUAUGACCCACACUAUGCCUUGCUGGGUCCGUACUGUCUUUCUCCGAGCUUUACCCCGCAUUAUGCUCAUGCGCCGGCCUCUUGAUCUAUCAGAGUCUUCUGGAAAAGGAGGACUAGAAAGUGGGGGCUCGUCCGGGACUGGAGCAGGAAGAGGAGGAGAGGGAAAGAAGAGGAAAAACAGUGGAUCUCAGCAGGGAGCAAUGAACUCUUUGGAAUUUGGAGAAGGGAAAGCAGCAUUAGAAGGCAAGAAAGGCGGAUGCCCAUGUCACCCAAUGAAAGAGGCAACUGAGGGGGAUUGUGGGAAAGUGAGUCGUCAGUUGAAUCCACAGGCUAUUAACACAGUUGUGGCUUUUUCUGUGGUGUCACCGGAGAUCAAACAGGCUAUUGAGAGUGUGAAGUACAUUGCUGAAAACAUGAGGAGCCGCAACAAAGCCAAAGAGGUGGAGGAUGAUUGGAAAUAUGUUGCCAUGGUGAUUGACCGCAUCUUCCUUUGGGUCUUUGUGCUGGUGUGUGUGCUGGGAACUAUGGGCCUCUUCCUACAACCUCUGAUUGGCUUCUUCUCAUAAUUAACAAUGCCAGCUUGCCUGUUCUAACUGACAUGCUCCAUAUUUAAUUAGUGUUCUUGCGCAGCAAAUAAAUAAUCAGGUGUUCUGUUUUUCUCUCUGCCACAAAUCAAUCAGAGACUUAAAGACUGCUUUUUGCCUUUUUAACCAUCAAUCACUCCAAGUGAACUCUCUAAACACCUUCCUGAAGCACUGAAAUGUCCAUAAGAAGACUAAUCAGACUGACUUGUGUUCUGUGUCCACUGCUCAAAAUUUACAUUCCACUUACAACACCUGAUUACACAAAAAUAUGUGGCAUUUUAUAUAAAACAACUUUUUUGUUGCUCACAAGUUAUUGGCAGUCACUCAGGAAAAUCUGCAAAAGACAAGUGAUGGUGUUUUUCUUGCCAGUGGAUAUAGAGUAGAGAAAAUCCAGUUUAAAUGCAAAGAAAUGUGUUGUGUAGAUUAGUUCACGGAAAUCUUUGAGGAUAGACAGUGAGCCGUGCGAUUAUGGGAUGAAGUUUGUCAAGAAUAUGGGUGAUCUAUAAAUAACUGGUUGUAGCAUGGCUGCACUCCAGAAUAAAAAUGACUAAUCAGGUCCCAUAUAUGCCAAAUAAUUUUUGUUUAGAAUGAGAAUAAUUAAACUGUUUUUUUUUUCUUCUUAUCUCUAUGAUACUGCAUGGUAAAGAGCUUGUUUUUUUUUUUUUUUUGUCAGAUGUAUUGACCAUGAUGUCUAAAUCCUUAAAUGUUUUUAGUGGUGUGCAGGCCAUUAAAAUGACUGCUUUCCCUCCAUCUCUUACACUCAUGCUCUCUCUCUUGCUCCAUCAGAAAAAUACAUAAUCCCCUCUUUAAUAUCAGUAUUUAAUUUUUUUCCCCACUUCCAGCUUCUGACACUUUUGUAAAGCAUUUUUUUAAACUGAUGUCUUUGAAAUAAAAUUAAGUUUUUCUUUUUGUUGUUGUACACACUAUGAUCUCUGUCUUACUGCCUCUGUGUUAAACUCAGCAAGCAAUGAGUGUAUUUAUGUGAUGUGUGUGUCUGUGAAACGUGACGUAUGUCUGUGGAACGCAUAUGCUUAUCUUGGUUGGCUGCUGUAGCAGAGGUUGGAAGUGCCUCUGGUUUUAUGAUUGGUUUUAGUAGCAUUAGGUCUUUUGAAGUAGCAGCUUUUUAUAAUCAUUUCCUAAGUGUAAAAGCGGUUUCAGAACUAUCUGACUUAAUUCUAGCACAGUUGUAAUCCUGUACCACUAUUUAUGGUGUCUGGGAAUGACAAUUUUUGCAACUUAAAAGCAACAGCGAUUUAGCAGAUCAGUCUGCAAAGAUUAAUCAUGUGCUGAAUUUAUAUAUGCUACAAAAAGAAAACUCUUCAAUAUGUCUUUUGAGCA